UAACAGUUAUAAAAUUAAUUGAUAAAGUUUCUAAUAUUCAUCCCACUUAAAAUGGAUUGAAUCAAUUUGGUAGCAUUGACAUUGGAAUUACAUCUAUACUAUAGGAAUUACAUUUUAUCAUCGUAAUAUACAUUUCAAGGACCUGAUUUAAUUCAUCCAGAUUUGUCAAUAGACUUAAGAAAAGGUCUGCUUUAUUUAAUUGUUAUACUGUGUGCAAUUUUAGGGAUCAGAGAACAGGUAUUUUGAACCCCAACCAAAGUGAAACCAGUCUAUUUGUGACACUCAUUUGCCUCACCCUCAUGUUUUCCUUAUUCCAUAUUUGUUCGUUUUUUUUAUUGUAGAUUCCUGUGCUAGUUGCUGAAGAUGGGUCCAAUAGGCGCAGAGGCUGAUGAGAAUCAGACAGUGGAAGAAAUGAAUGUGGAGCAGAAUGACCCAGGGCAAACCACUCCUAGAGGUGAGCUGGGCCCUGACCCUCAGCCAGAGCUUAUAGACAGCACCAAGCUGAUUGAGGUACAGAUUGUCCUCAUAUUGGCCUAUUGCUCCAUCAUCUUGCUUGGGGUGAUUGGCAACUCUUUGGUGAUCCAUGUGGUGAUCAAAUUCAAGAGCAUGCGCACAGUAACCAACUUUUUCAUUGCCAAUCUGGCCGUGGCAGAUCUUCUGGUGAACACCCUGUGCUUGCCAUUCACUCUGACCUAUACCUUAAUGGGAGAGUGGAAAAUGGGUCCUGUCCUAUGUCACCUGGUGCCCUAUGCCCAGGGCCUGGCAGUACAAGUGUCCACAAUCACCUUGACAGUAAUUGCCCUGGACCGGCAUCGUUGCAUUGUCUACCAUCUGGACAGCAAGAUCUCCAAACGAAUCAGCUUCCUGAUUAUUGGCUUGGCCUGGGGCAUCAGUGCUCUGCUAGCAAGCCCCCUGGCCAUCUUCCGGGAGUAUUCAAUGAUUGAGAUCAAUCCUGACUUUGAGAUUGUCGCGUGUACUGAGAAGUGGCCUGGUGAGGAGAAGAACAUCUAUGGCACUGUCUAUAGUCUUUCCUCCUUAUUAAUCUUGUAUGUUUUGCCUCUGGGAAUCAUAUCUUUUUCCUACACUCGUAUCUGGAGUAAACUUAGGAACCAUGUCAGCCCUGGAGCUGCUAAUGACCACUACCAUCAGCGAAGGCAAAAAACCACCAAAAUGUUAGUGUGUGUGGUGGUGGUGUUUGCGGUCAGCUGGUUGCCUCUCCAUGCGUUCCAACUUGCUGUUGACAUUGACAACAAUGUCCUGAACCUGAAGGAGUACAAACUCAUCUUCACCAUAUUCCAUAUCAUCGCCAUGUGCUCCACCUUUGCCAACCCCCUUCUCUACGGCUGGAUGAACAGCAACUACAGAAAGGCUUUCCUCUCAGCCUUCCGCUGUGAGCAGAGGUUGGACGCCAUUCACUCUGAGGUGUCUGUGACAUUCAAGGCUACGAAGAACCUGGAAGUCAAAAAGAACAAUGGCCCCAAUGACUCUUUCACAGAGGCUACCAAUGUCUAAGGAAGCUGGAGUGUGAAAAUGUACAGAUGAAUUCUGACCAGAGCUGUAAAUCUGGUUGAGCCGGGCUUACAGGGUGCAUCCUGAUUUCCCAUUUUAAGGAAGAAAAAAGAGCGUCUGAAUGGAAGCAUCUGCAGUGUAAAUUCAUGGAAAACUGGUUGGCAGAGCCUAGGUAAAAACACUCAUCUU